AUGACGAGCCCCAACAACAAAGAUCGAUUCUAUACGACUGUAGGCAAAUCGCGUCGAAGCUCGCCAGGAGAUUCACAAAAUAGCCACGGUGCUUUAUUUCAGACGGGACAGGGUGGGCGACCAGUGCUGCCUCCUCUUGCUAAUAACAGCCCACCAACCUCACGUUUGACAGUGCCCGCUGGAUAUUCUAAUGCGUAUACACAGCCGCGUUCUGCUCCCAACAAGAUUGGUUAUGAGCUAAACCCACAAGUUCUGUACGGUACUCCUUACCAAGCAACGAGCGCCUCGCCGCAAUUUCCGACCGGUUUUGGCAACUAUGAAAUGCAUGACCGAUAUUCUUCUCCCCAACCUUCAUAUCCCGCGUUUCCGUCUAGGUCUUCAACGCCUAACAUGUUAAAUCCAGCAGAUUCAAGAAGGCUCCCUCCGUUGUCGACAUCUACUACUCCUCCUUUAGAGCGCUGGCAGCAAACUUCCUUUAUGCCACAGCAACCUGCUAACUUCUUUGGUGCUUCUAUUCGUUCUCCGACUGCCUCUUAUCCCUCAGCAUAUGUUCCCUACUCAAGUGGGAACCACGAUGUAUAUCCCUAUCAUAUACAAGCUACGCAUGACCACCUCUCUUCUAUAAAUCCUCAGGGUCAUGCGCAUGGACAUGGACAUGGGCAUGGACACGGACACGGACACGGGCAUGGGCAUGGACACGGACACGGACACGGACACGCUCCGAUGUUCGACGACCCGCGAUCUACUUCGCCUUAUAGCCGCGGCUCAGGAUCGUCUCAUCCUCCCCCUCCUCCACGAAAUUACUCUCCUCCGCCGGUCUCCCCCACGUCUCCAGUCGAAGAACCAGCAAUCAAAAAGAAGAGAAAACGUGCUGAUGCCGCUCAACUCAAAGUCUUGAACGAAACCUACAGCAGAACUGCCUUUCCCUCAACCGAGGAGCGCAUUGCAUUGGCCAAGAUGCUCGAUAUGUCAGCACGCAGCGUGCAAAUAUGGUUCCAGAAUAAAAGGCAAUCGAUGAGGCAAACCAACCGACAGUCAUCGACUGUGGGAUCUAGCUCUCACCACCCCUUCUCGAUGCAAAAUCAGCUUGAUCCUAUGACUGAGGAUCUUGUUGCUCACCCCCCGUCCGGUUAUGAUACCGGGUCUGGAGGAAUGGGGGACACGAUGUACUUGACAUCCCAAGAGGCUUCUCGAUCCCAUGCUCACUCUCAACACCACUACCACCAUCAUUCUUCUUCAUCUCAUCGAACACCCCGCGAUUGA